GACCGACAUACCAGAGGUGCAAUAAAAUAGGUAUCUGAUAACAAGUACGUAAAAAGCUAUUUGUAUGACUCGGUGAGUAAAUAUUUAUGAGAGCGAAAGCGAAGUGACCAAUCGCGAAUUCCCGGGGGCGUUUCCUUAAAGCUUAUUAGCUGGUUAAUGUUUUGAGUGAAUCGAAUGUGAGGGGAAAACUGAUGGUGGUUUAAUUGUUGAGUUUUAGUCGCAGGUUAUCGGAAUAGCAGACGGUUCACGCUGGAAUACACUUUGUUGUUGUUUUUUGUUAUUAUUUGUUUGUUUUAGAAAUGAGAAACAUUAUCUUCCUGUUGUAGUGUGCCCGCUUGGUACGGCAAAUAAAAUCAAGUCUCUCACCCGGACGGCUGCCUUAAAAUUGAAAUGGCUGAUAUAUUAGCUGCACUGAAUUAGCCAGUUAGCAAAGCUAGCUAGGUGACAACUGCACUGCAGUCAGACUGUCGUGAGCUAGCUUGGUAGUUAGCAAGCCAGAUAUUAUCGAGGAAAUAACUGAGUGGGGGUAAACGAAACCUGGACAGGCUCGGUCAAUUGGGAAAGUAAUAUCUGGGAGAUUCUCACCUUUCGGUAAUCAUGCACGAUCAUGCCAAACUUGGCUGUCAUCGCAAGAAGAUUUUGCCAUCCCGUUUGCCGUUAUCCUGAGGGUUUGAGAAGACAUGCCACCUCAGCAAGGGGGACAACGGUGAUAGGAUUUUUAUUCGUGUUUGUUUUUUAAUUUGAAUAAUGCGUACGCAUAAAAAAAUGAGCCUGGCUGGAUACUACUAAAAUUAUACCGCCGAUCGAAAAACGGCAAAAAAAAAGCAAGCAAGGCGAAAACAAAAUAUCCCGUCAUCCAGAAAUAUGGCUUCGGUGUGGAAAAGAUUACAGCGUGUGGGGAAACAUGCGUCGAAGUUCCAGUUCGUGGCGUCGUACCAAGAACUCAUGGUGGAAUGCACAAAGAAGUGGCAACCAGACAAGCUUGUGGUUGUGUGGACACGCAGAAGUCGAAGGAAAUCUUCCAAGUCUCACAGCUGGCAGCCUGGAAUUAAGAACCCCUACAGAGGAGUUGUCGUGUGGCCUGUUCCUGAAAACAUCGAGAUCACAGUCACGCUUUUCAAGGACCCGCAUGCUGAAGAAUUUGAAGAUAAGGAGUGGACAUUCGUCAUUGAAAACGAGUCUCCAUCGGGGCGGCGGAAAGCUUUGGCGACCAGCAGCAUCAACAUGAAGCAGUACGCCAGCCCGAUGCCCACCCAGACCGACGUCAAGCUCAAAUUCAAACCGCUGUCUAAGAAAGUGGUGGCGGCCACUCUGCAGUUCUCUCUGUCAUGCAUCUUCCUCCGAGAAGGAAAGGCAACGGAUGAGGACAUGCAGAGCCUCGCUAGCCUGAUGAGCAUGAAGCAGGCGGACAUUGGCAACCUGGAUGACUUUGAGGAGGAGAACGAGGAGGAUGAGGAGAACCGGGUCAAUCAGGAGGAGAAGGCCGCUAAGAUCACAGAAAUAGUAAACCAGUUGAAUGCCCUCAGCAGCUUAGAUGGGGAUCCUGAUGACUGCCUAAAGCAAGCAAAUAAGGCAUCUGCUAAAUCAGCCAGUUCCUCUGAAGAGCUCAUCAGCAAGCUGAACUUCCUGGAUGAGGAGGAUCAGGACACCUCCAACAUGGUCACCAACCCCUUUGAGGACCCCGAUGAUACCCACGAGUUGAACCCAUUUGGGGAUCCUGAUGAGGAAGAGCCUGUCUCUAAGCCCACUGCCCAAAUCGGUCAGAAGGAGGACGAGUCCUUCCACGACCUCGACCCCUCCAACCCUUUCAACGACACGGAGCCCGAAGCCGCACCGAGCGGGAACCCCUUCGACGAGCCCGACCCUGACAGCGGGCCGGAGCCGCAGCCUGACAGUGGGCGGGAGGGGCUCAGGAUGGAGCAGCCCCCCCCGAAACCCGCCAAGAGGCAGAACGUGAGGCCCGUGGACAUGAGCAAGUACCUGUACGCGCCGGCCACCCGGCCCGAGGAGGAGGAGCUGGAUGAGUCUAACCCAUUCUAUGAGCCUAAGGCCCCCAGCUCGGCCCAACCUGCACUGGCGUCUCCAGAAAACAGUCUGGAAAGCCGGACCAAGAGGAAGGCCCCCGCGCCCCCCACGGCCACCCCCUCACCCCCAACGCCAAAGACAGCCACCGAGAAGGUGGCAAGCGGGCCCGCUGCUGUAGCUGCUGUCGUGGGGAAGGAGCUGGCCUCCUCCUCUCCCAAGCCGAGCCCCAUACCCAGCCCGGUCCUGGGCAGGAAGCCCAACGCCAGCCAGUCACUGCUCGUCUGGUGCCGGGAGGUGACCAAGAACUACCGCGGAGUGAAGAUCACCAACUUCACCACCUCCUGGAGGAACGGCCUGGCCUUCUGCGCCCUGCUGCACCACUUCCGGCCCGACCUCAUUGAUUACAAGUCCCUCAAUCCUCAGGAUAUCAAAGAGAACAACAAGAAGGCAUAUGAUGGCUUUGCCAGCUUGGGCAUCUCUAGGCUUCUGGAGCCCUCAGACAUGGUGUUGCUGGCCAUCCCUGACAAGCUGACUGUCAUGACCUACCUGUACCAGAUCCGAGCCCACUUCAGUGGCGAGGAACUCAACGUGGUCCAGAUCGAGGCCAACAGCAGCCGCAGCACAUACAAAGUGGGCGACUUUGAGACGGACACAAACAGCUCCAUCGACCAAGACAAAUUUUAUGCCGAGCUCAAUGACGUCCACCGAGAGACUGAGGCAGAGCCCAUUGCCAGCGCUGCCAACGGGACGAGCCAGCCAGGAGGACCCAAGGAGGACGUGCCGGGUGUUGGCAUUUCUGCCGGUUGUGUCGCUGUCUCAGCUUCAGAGGAGCCUUCAGGAGGCCGAAUCCCAUCAUUACCAGCCCUUACCUCCGUUCCCAGGCAGGGAUCAUCACCGCCCAGUUUGUCUAGGACCUCUGACCCUGACCCAACCCCAAGACCUGCUCUGAAGUCUGUGGGUGGCAUGGUGGGGGGUGACGUCACUGACGUGGCACAAAGCCCGCCGGCACCAGGCAAACGGACGCUACUGAAGGUGAACACUCUGGACCUGAGUGACCUGGAGCCCAGGGCUGAGGAGGGUAGGAGAAAACUAGAGGGUGCGUCUCCCCCCACAAGCUGCGUUGAGGGGGACAGGGAGAGAGCGGGGGCAGGCCAGCUGGACGGCAGGGGGCUGGACCCUGGCUCCCCCACUCACAGGGCAGGGCCCCCCGCGCCUCACAAACUGGGAUUCUCCUACAACAGGGAUGCAGACCUCAUCAAAAAGAAAAGGGCCAGCCUGCGGCACUCUGAGUCCGACUCCACCGCCGACACCAGUGCCCAUCACAACCAUGCAGACACAUCCCCCAAGCACGGCCAGCAUAUGGUGACUGUUCAGAAAUCUAAUGCUGCAGAAGAAAAGAAGGUGCAGUCGCGUCAGGAGGAGCUGAAGGAAAGAGCCAGGCUUCUCCUGGAGCAGGCCCGACGAGAUGCUGCCCUGAAGGCCGGAAACAAGCACGUGGCCAACGCCCACUCCGCUGCCCCGCCCCGCCCCACACACAUCACUGAUGAGCGAGACGAGGAGAGGCGCAGGCAGCUGAGGGAGCGGGCGCGACAGUUAAUAGCAGAAGCUCGAUCCGGUGUGAAGAUGGCAGAGUUCCCCCUCUACGGCGAGACGGCCGCAGACAGGGUGAAGGGAAGGUCAAACGCAGCCGGAGGUGUACAGAACAGCAAGCAUGCUGACCAGCGGCCAAAGAGACUCCAAGAGGCGCGCCCUCAGAUGGGCAACUCUGCAUCCUCCUCUGCCACCCCGCCACAAAGCCCAGGGGAGGGAUCGGAGCAUGACGGCAUGCAGAACAACGCUGAGGACCUGCGAGCAGAGCGUUUGCGCAGAGCGUCAGAGCGUCUGCGCAGCCCCGUGGUCUUCAACAAGGAGUCUGCUGUCAGGAAAACGCAGCUCAAGUCCUUCAGCCAGUACGUGGAGACCAGGCCAGAGGUAAAAAGGCAGAGAUCAGUGCCGGAAGAUUCAAAGCGAGCAAACGAAGAGCGAGGCCCAAUAACGGACACUGAACACAAGCCAUCUGAAGAUGAAAAAGCGUUCAAAGACACCAGUCAGUACGUUGUGGGGGAGCUGGCCGCUCUGGAGAGCGAGCAGAGGCAGAUAGACACCCGGGCGUCGCGGGUGGAGAAGAGGCUACGCUAUCUCAUGGACACAGGGAACAGCAAGGAGGAGGAAGAGGCCAUGAUGCAGGAAUGGUUCACGCUGGUCAACAAGAAGAACGCUCUGAUCAGGAGGCAGAACCAGCUCUCGCUGCUGGAAAAGGAGCACGAUCUGGAGAGGCGCUUUGAGCUGCUGAACCGGGAGUUGAGAGCAAUGCUGGCGAUUGAAGACUGGCAGAAGACAGAGGCGCAGAAGCGCCGGGAGCAGCUGCUGCUGGACGAGCUGGUUAUACUGGUCAACAAACGGGACGCGCUGGUCAGGGACCUGGACGCCCAGGAGAAGGAGGCUGAAGAGGAGGAUGAACACUUGGAGAGGACGCUGGAGCAAAACAAAGGCAAAAUGGCCAAGAAAGAAGACAAGUGUGUCAUUCAGUGA